AUGGACGCCCAGAUCGAGAAUGCGAUCGAGAUCGCCUGGGACCCUACCUCCGACCAGGCGCUCAAAGGCCAAGCCUUCGAAUUCCUGAACCAACUCCGCACCGAUCCCCAGGCCUGGCAGGUCUGCAUCGCUAUCUUUACCCGAACCCCCCGAACAUCCCCCGUUGUACGGCUGGUCUGCCUCGAAAUAGUCAACCAUGCCGUUUCCUCGCAGAUCCUCGAUGGCCAGGGCCUCGGUUUCCUCAAACAGUCCCUGCUCGAAUACGUCGGGCGAGUUUACAGCGGCGACGCCCAGGAUCAAGUCGACCCGGCACAUCUACAGAACAAACUCACACAAACCUUGACCUAUCUAUUCGUCGGUCUGUACAAGGAAGGUUGGGAGAGCUUCAUCGACGACUUCCUGGCCCUCGCCCAAAAAGAAAACAACCUCCCCGGGGUGGUCAUGUACCUGCGUAUCCUGGGCUCGAUCCACGACGAAAUCGCUGAUCUUAUGCUGAGCCGAUCGGACAACGAGGCGAGGCGCAACAACGACCUCAAGGACUUGAUUCGCGAGCGAGACAUGCAGAAGAUUGCCCAGUCCUGGCAGGAUCUGCUGGCUCGGUACAGCCACCAAAACGACGGCGUGGUCGAGACAACGCUCAAGACCAUCGGGAAAUGGGUGAGCUGGAUUGACAUCCACCUCGUCAUCAACCAGGAAAUGAUCAGCCUGGUGCUGCCACUGGUUGGCAGGACACACGCCGCCGGCAGCGGAGACAAGGUCAGGGACGCGGCCGUGGACACCUUCACCGAGAUUGUGGCCAAGAAGAUGAAGCCCAGCGACAAGGCUGAGAUGAUUACGUUUCUAAACCUCCGUGAGAUCGUCUCUCAGCUUCUGGCGAGCCCGCCCCUCAACGAAUGGAAGGGGACGCCGCGAUACGACACGGACCUCGCCGAAGCUGUGGCCAAGCUGGUCAACACCCUCGUAGCUGAUGUGGUCCGCGUCCUGGAAGAUGGUAAAGUCGACAACGAUACGAGGGGGAAGGCGGAACAGUUGCUCCGCGAUUUCCUGCCGUCCCUUCUGCGUCUCUUCUCGGACGAAUACGACGAAGUCUGCUCGACCGUGAUUCCCUCCCUCACCGACCUCCUAACCUUCCUCCGCAAGGUUGGACAACUGCCGCCCACUUACUCCGAGAUGCUCCCUCCGAUUUUGAACGCGAUCGUUUCGAAAAUGAGGUACGAUGAGACGUCGAACUGGGGCAACGAGGACGAGCAGACGGACGAGGCCGAGUUUCAGGAGCUGCGCAAAAAGCUUCAGAUCCUUCAGAAGAGCGUGGCAUCUGUCGACGAGAAUCUGUGCAUAGAUCUUUUGAGCAAUCUGGUGGCGAAUAUGUUUUCUACUCUUGAACAGCAGGGUUCCCAGAUGGACUGGAGGGAUCUGGAUCUGGCUCUGCACGAAAUCUACCUCUUUGGCGAGUUGGCACUGCCCAACACGGGGCUGGCCCAGAAGAGCCAGCCAAACCCCCUCGCUGCCGAACGACUGGCCGUCAUGAUGAGCAAGAUGGUCGAGUCAGGCAUCGCCAACUAUCACCACCCCGCGAUCCUUCUCCAGUACAUGGAGAUCUGCACCCGCUACUACAGCUUCUUCGAGGACCAGCAGCGCUAUAUCCCGCAGGUGCUCGAGAACUUCGUCCGGUUGGUGCACCACGACCAUGUCCGGAUCCGCACGAGGUCCUGGUACCUCUUCCACCGAUUUGUCAAGACAUUGAGGGCGCAGGUCGGCAACGUGGCCAAGACAGUGAUAGAGUCCAUCAGCGAUCUCUUGCCGAUCAAGGCCGAAGUCCCCGGCAACGACGCCGACGACGAUAUGUCCUCGGAUGAAUCCGAUCACUCGGCCGAUGCCGUUUUCAGCAGCCAGCUCUUCUUGUACGAGGCGAUCGGCUGCAUUUCCUCGACCUCCGCCACCCCGCCAGCCGAUCAGGGCCUGUAUGCGCGAUCGGUCAUGGAGCCGCUCUUUUCUGACAUGAGCGUGCACAUAGAACGUGCAAAAGCUGGCGACCCGCAGGCCGUCCUACAGGUGCACCACAUCAUCAUGGCCCUGGGGACUCUCGCCAAUGGCUUUGCCGACGCCCAUGCCGCUCAGCAAGGCAAGCGGCCACAGCCCCACGAGGCUGUCUCCAACGAGUUCUCGCGGGCCGCGGAAGCGAUUCUCAUCGCGCUAAACGAGCUGAAUGCUAUCGGCGACGUCCGCGCCGCGUGCCGUUCAGCCUUCUCGCGGCUCCUGGGCGUCUUGGGUGCUGCGGUGUUGCCGCAGCUGCCGCAGUGGAUCGAAGGGCUGCUGUCCCGCAGCUCCAGCAACGACGAGAUGGCCAUGUUCCUCCGCCUCUUGGAGCAGGUCGUGUACAACUUCAAGUCCGAGAUCUACAACAUUCUCGACGUUCUCCUGACCCCGCUGCUCCAGAGAGUCUUUAGCGGUCUGUCGGAUCCCAUCAACGGGACAGACGACGAGAUACAGCUGCAGGAACUCCGGCGCGAAUUCGUCUCCUUCGUCCAGGUUAUUCUGCACAACGAGCUCGGCGGGGUUCUCGUUAGCGCCUCCAACCAGGGCACCUUUGAGUCUCUGAUCUCGUCCAUCAUCGACAUCGCAAAGACCCUGACCCACGGCAAUCUCGUGGCCAGCCGCGUUGCCUUCAACGUCCUCAGCCGCAUGGCCUCGCAGUGGGGCGGUCCGGACGUCGCCACGAUCGGCGAGAACCCAAUGACCACAGGGGCGCCAGCGCCGGCCAUCCCCGGGUUCGACCAGUUUAUGAUCGAGCAUUUCCACGGCCUGUGCUGGACGGUGCUGCAGGAUGGCGGGUUCAGGCCAAACACGGACGCGCAGUCGCGCCAGAUCCUAAACGAGAUCGCCGGAAUACAACAGGUCAUCUAUUCCAAGACGGGCGACGCCUUCGUGAACCACCUGCAGGGUGUCACCUUCCCGCAAUUAGGGAUUGAUGGGACUGAGUACCUGCGGUUACUGACCACGUCGCGGGAGAAGAAGCCGGUCGUCACAUGGUUGCUGGGGUUGUUGAAGGGGAGGAGGUAG